UUUGGAGCAAAACUUUUGGGAAGUCAUAUAUACAGUACAUAUACCAGAGCCUAGCAGUCAGUCAUCUACAGUAUCUUCAAUACAGUGAUUACUUUUACAUCUGUUUCCAACAACAACAACAAGAAAAAGUAUAGUUAAAAACUCUUACACUCUUUUGGGCUCUAAUUUUAGUCUCUCAUUCAUACCAUUCAUUGUGUUGGGUGUGGUGUUUGGGCCAUAACUGUCUCUCACAUAUCGCACAUACAUAUACUUCCUGAUAGUAACAAAAAAUACCUACCUGUCCAAUAUUAUCCAUAGAGAUUAUCCAUAUAAUGAAUAAGUAUCUAUUGAUAGUUGUUGUCCUAUUGGCAAUAAUUGUCGCAUCAAUUGAUGCCAAAAAGGAAAGAAAACAACGAAAAAGUCAGUUAAACACCGAUGAAAUAGCUGUCAAGUCGGCCACCGAUACCGCCGCCGCCAAUGAGGUCGUCAAACAGGACCAAUGUCUUAAACUGAAGUGCGAUGCGGGCAAAGAGUGUGUGAUCGAUACCGAGUCGGGUAAAGCCAAGUGCCAGUGCAUUAGUACAUGUGCCGAUAAUACCGAUGUCCGGCGUCGGGUCUGUUCAAAUCAUAACACUACCUGGCAAUCGGAUUGUCAUCUAUAUAAGCACCGGUGCGAUUGUAUUGAAGGUCAAAAGUCAAGCGACUGCGACGACAAACACAAACACAUGCAUAUCGACUAUUACGGCGAAUGUCAAGAACUGCCCGAAUGUCGAAAGGAAGUGCUCGAAGAUUUUCCCCGAAGAAUGAGAGAAUGGUUGGACCAUAUUAUCAGCAAAAAAGUUGAGACCAGUGGUACCGGCGAUGAUGGUUCAGAUCAUUCCAAGAAAUGGAUAGACGCUAUCAUCUGGAAGUUUUGCGAUUUAGAUAAACAACCACACGAUAGACAGGUGUCCCGACACGAGUUGUUUCCAUUGAGAGCACCGUUACUAUCAAUGGAAAGCUGUAUAUCCGACUUUCUUAACGGAUGUGAUCCCAAUGACGAUCAUAAGAUAACACUUGUCGAAUGGGGUGAAUGUCUGGGAGCUACUGAUGCUGAAAUGGUGGAUAAAUGCAACAAAUUUCACUCAAUCAAAGAAAAUUAAUUCAAUUACUAAAUCAUGAAUGGAUUGAAAAUUGUUUAAACGAUUUAAUUAAUAAUUAAUUUAUUGCCAAAACAAACAAAAAAAACUAUUAUUAUUUAAUAUCAAAAAAAAUAAAUAAUAUAAUUUUACUCUAAUUAACUAAUAAUAAUA